GCGGACUGUUAGUCUGCUGCCGUUUCUGCCGUUACCGCUGGCUCUUGGCCGAUCUCUGCGACAGUUUGCAAUUCAUUACCCCAGUGGACGGGCACGCGAAUAGUUCGCUUCGGUUCGUUUCGGUUCGGUAGAGUUCUCCUCCAGAUAAAGAGCAUCAGAGAUCGGAGAUCAAUCAGUGUUACAGUGAAGUGUUCCCGUGAGAGUGCCAUGUAGCCAUAGAGAUAGAGGCUGCAAAGAUAGAGAGAAAACGAACAUACAAGAAGAGACAAUAAAAUACUAUAUAUCCAGAAUGACGCGCAGCGAGGACCCCGGCCACACCAAUGGGGCCUUCAACGAGGAUUCUGAGGUGUCCCUGGAUAUCCCUACGAACACCCUCUAUCACACAUCGCGCGACUGCAUCGUCCAGGAGGAGCAGUCCGGGGAGUCGCAGAGCUGCCUGGAGGCCUCCAAAGGCUGCUGCCGCAGCAUGUGGCACAACAUCUUUCGCAAGAAGACGCUGUACAAGCGCUUCCCCAUCCUGACGUGGCUGCCGCAGUACAAGAAGGACUACAUCUUUGGGGACAUUGUGGCGGGUAUUUCGGUGGCGCUGACUGUGAUUCCGCAGGCUUUGGCAUACGCUGGUAUAGCGGGGCUGGACCUGCAGUACGGCCUGUACGCCUGCUUCCUGGGGUGCUUCAUCUACAUCUUCAUCGGAUCGAGCAAGGACGUGCCCAUCGGCCCGACGGCCAUUUCGGCGCUGCUCUCCUUCCAGAUCGCUGGCGGGAGCUGGCAGAUAGCCACGCUGCUCACGUUUCUCACGGGCAUCAUCGAGAUCCUGAUGGGCGCCUUCCGACUGGGCUUCCUUAUCGACUUUGUGUCGGGGCCAGUGGGGGCGGGUUUCACCAGUGCCGUCUCCCUGAUUAUCUUCAGCUCCCAGAUGAAGGACUUUCUCGGCAUCCACACCAGCGGCAACACCUUCCUGCAGGUGUGGAUCAGCAUCGUGAACGACAUCCACAACAUCAGCUGGCCGGACUUUAUCCUCGGUGUCAUUUGCAUCACUCUGCUGCUCAGCCUGCGCGCGCUCGCCAGCUGCAGCGUCGGCCCCAAGGAGGGCAAAUCCUCCUCGCAGUCGCUCCUUACGGGCAUCUUCUGGACGGUGGGCACGGCCCGGAAUGCCCUCCUCGUCUGCGGCACUGCAGGACUUGGAUACUGGCUCUCGGUGAGCGGCCGCGAGGAUCUCGUCCGCACGGUAGGAUUCGUGCCCAAGGGCAUGCCCUCCUUCCAACCGCCGCCGUUCUACAUCGAUCCUGUGCUGAACGAGACCACCGGAGAGGUGCUGGUGGAUGGCCAGAGCUUCUGGGAGAUGGUCAGCACUCUGGGCUCGGGUCUCAUUGUUGUCCCGCUGAUUGCCCUGCUCGAGACGAUGGCAGUGGUCCAGGCCUUUGCCGAUGGCAAGCCCACUGAUGCCACGCAGGAGCUGAUUGCGUCCGGAAUCUGCAAUGUGGCCAACUCCUUUGUUCAGGGUCUGCGCAGCAACGGAGGUCUUGCCAGGGGCGCCAUCCUCAACGCGAGCGGAGUGCGAACCCAGCUCUCCAACCUGUACACCAGCGUGAUCGUGAUCAUCGCCCUGCUCUACCUCACCCCCUGCUUCUACUAUAUCCCCAAAGCGGCGCUGGCCUCCAUCAUCAUAGCAGCCGUUAUCUUCAUGGUGCAGUAUCGAGUGAUAAAGCCCAUGUGGCACAGCAAAAAAACCGAUCUCAUUCCUGGCCUGGGUGCCUUCUUUGCCUGUUUGGUCCUGCCCCUGCAGCUGGGCAUCCUUGUAGGCAUUGGCAUCAAUGUGGUGUUCAUCCUUUACCAGGCGGCCCGCCCCAAGCUGCGGAUCGAGACACUGGCGACAUCAAAUGGCCUGAAGUAUCUGAUGCUCACGCCCGACCGCUGCCUGAUCUUCCCUUCGAUGGAGUUCGUCCGCAAGGUGAUCAACAAGCAGGGGGUCAAGUCGACGCUGCCUGUGGUGAUCGACUGCACCCACAUCUACGGGGCGGACUUUACCGCCGCCAAGGUAAUCUCUACAAUGGUAAUGGACUUUGCCCAGCGCCAGCAGCCGCUCUUCUUCUACAACCUCCAGCCACGCGUGGCGCAAGUCUUCGAGGGCCUCAACAAGGAUCUGGUCGUGAUCUACGACCUCACCACGCUACACUCCAAGCUGGCGGAGAAGGGCUCCGUCUGAGCUGUCAGAGAUGUGAUCUGCUGAACGCUGCAACCUCGUCACACUUAGUCUUUGCUUAGUAUCUGUCUUAGUCUUAGUCUUAGGUUAGUUUUGCCAGCCCCGCCGAGGCCAUCGACUGUUCGCCCACGCAAGUGGCCAACGUCGCCUCGACAGUAAGAUUUCACAUGGCUAGCACCUUAAUUAGCAUUUAAGUUGGGGCAAUCCUCCAUUGUCGCCUAGUUUAGGUAUACGCAUAUUUAUUUCACAUUUGUUCGGUUCGCACAUUGGCCUUUGCCGAAUGUUUUGUGAAUUUUGUUGAGCGAAAUCCAAAUCCGAGUCCCACCCACACGAUAUUACUGCUGUGCAUAGUAUUAUAUUGUAAGCCAAUAGCCAACGAUGAGUAUUAUGAUAAGUAGUACUUAAAUAAAGCCAGAAAAUGAAGAGUAAAUGCCUCAACCCAUUGAAA